CAAUAUUAUAACCUCUCUUAUUGCGGUAAAUAAAUUCACAGUGGAACUGAAUAGAUCAACUACUUGUUUGUUAGGGGAUACAUUUGCCCUGAACACUUCCCAGCCAACAAGCAGGCUGAUGCAAGUGGAAUGAGUUGAUUUUACCGGCGUCAUAAAAUCUGAAAGGUCCUGACCAAGUUGAAGAUGACAGACUGUCUGGGAGACGGGGCUGGGGAUAUGACCCCAAUGGACCUAUAUGAGAAACUAACAUCACAAGGAGACACAGUCCGAACUCUGAAAACUGAAAAGGCUGCAAAAGCUGAUAUUGACGCUGCUGUACAGUUGCUGCUGAAGCUAAAAGUGGACUACAAGCAGGUAACAGGUCAGGACUACAAGACUGGAUGUCCACCCUCAGAAUGCGUUGUUUCACAAGACAACGGGCCAGCUGCAGAUGGGGAGGACAUGGUCGACCCCUGGAAUGUCUCCACCACCAACGCCAAAGGAGUGGACUACGACAAGCUGAUAGUGAGGUUUGGCAGUAGCAAAAUUGACCAAGAGCUGGUGGACAGAAUAGAGAGAGUCUCGGGACAGAAGGCACACCGUUUUUUACGCAGAGGAAUCUUCUUCUCUCACAGAGAUAUGCACCAGGUUCUGGACGCGUAUGAGAAGAACAAGUCUUUCUACCUCUACACGGGCAGAGGACCCUCCUCAGAUGCCUUGCACAUGGGCCACCUCAUCCCUUUCAUCUUUACAAAAUGGCUGCAGGACACGUUUGACAUCCCGCUGGUGAUCCAGCUGACGGAUGAUGAGAAGUACCUGUGGAAGGACCUGUCCCUGGAGGACUGUCACCGUUACACUAUGGAGAACGCCAAGGACAUCAUCGCCUGUGGCUUUGACAUCAACAAGACCUUCAUCUUCUCUGAUCUGGACUACAUGGGGGCGUCCCCAGACUUCUACAGGAAUGUGGUGAAAGUACAGAAGCAUGUGACUUUCAACCAGGUCAAAGGCAUUUUUGGAUUUUGCGACAGUGACUGCAUCGGAAAGAUUGCCUUCCCCGCCAUCCAGGCCGCUCCGUCGUUCAGUAGCUCUUUCCCUCAGAUCUUCAAGGGCAGAAAAGAUGUCCAGUGUCUCAUUCCCUGUGCCAUAGACCAGGACCCUUACUUCCGGAUGACCCGGGAUGUGGCCCCCAGGAUCGGCUACCCCAAGCCUGCCCUGUUGCACUCUACCUUCUUUCCGGCGCUGCAGGGGGCCCAGACCAAGAUGUCUGCCAGUGACGCCAACUCCUCCAUCUUCCUCACAGACACGCCCAAGCAGAUCAAAAAUAAGGUGAACAAGCACGCCUUCUCCGGGGGGAAAGACACGGUAGAGGAGCACAGGAAAUAUGGCGGCAACCCCGAUGUAGACGUGUCCUUUAUGUACCUGACCUUCUUCCUGGAGGACGACGAGCAGCUGGAGAAAAUCCGACAGGACUACGCCAGUGGAGCCCUGCUAACCGGUGAGCUGAAGAAACGUCUGAUAGAGACCCUGCAGCCAAUAAUCACAUCCCAUCAAGAGAGACGCAAGCAGGUCACAGAAGAGACCGUCAAGCAGUUCAUGACCCCGAGACCUCUAAAUUACAGUUUCUAGACAGUUUUAUUCAUGUGCUAAGUCCUGACACAAUGUUGGGAGGUCGUUCAGGUCAAAACUUAGCAGGGGAGUGUUCAGCAGAGCACAACGUUCAGAUAUAAAUAUCUUUUGUAGAAUAGAUAUGCCUCUGACAUGUAGAAUAAUAAAGGAAUCGUUUCUAUUCUAUUCAUGACAUUUCUAUCUGCAACGUUCCACAACCUCCUACUGGAUGUGGCCCAGGUCUCAUCACAUGCGCCAUACUAGAAACAUGAAACUUAAAUGUGUCAAUGACAUAUCCCCAUGCUGAGCAGUUCGUGUCUAAUGAUUAACCAACUAUGAUAUGGCUUCACAUCAAACUUACCAAGCAUUGACAAAGGAAGUCUUAUUUUGGUGUGUGCUAACAGCAAUACCAUUGGAUGAAUAAAAUAAUGUCUGUCUUGUGAA